GAAACGCAUUGCUUUAGUUGUCGUAUAGAAAACGUUUCAGUCAAAGGGAGAAGGAAGAACAUCUGUUUUUUUUGUGAAAAAUGUGGGUCGUUGUUCCACAACGUGUGUGAGAACGUAGUUGUCAGGUCUGUAGGCAUGAAUGUAUUAUUGGUAUGUUUCAAUAAAGUUCCAAAUCAUUUUGUACAUUUUCUUUGGAAUUUUUUGCAAGUUACAGUGAAAAUGAAAUGCUCUUAUAAAGCUACCCAAUAUUUCAUGGCAUCCAUAACAGUUUUAGUAUCCCAUAUGUGUGAUCAAAAAAAACUUUCGAGACUGGAUUUAUACUUCUGAGAAAGCUAUUUAGGCUAAAGUUAGCAUAAUUGUAUCUCUGGUAUGGUGCACCACUCAAAGAGGGGCAAAAACAUUGAAAACGCAUCUGUCUGAUGUUGGGGGAAGUUGUCCAACAUUAGGGGUACUUGGUGCAGCUCUUUGGUGGAUUUUUUUUCCAGUGUGUGGUGUCAGCAUAGGUGAAAAUUCGCUGUAAAUGUUGUAGCUUAGCUUGGAGCUAACGAUAAAUGGCGGAGUUGUGUAGAUAAGGGUUUUGAGAGGUAACACUCAAAAAGUGUCCGAAGUUGGAGGAUUGUACGCUAGCUAGCUAAAGUUUUGUGGAAAAAAACGUCAGUCCAUCAAUGUGCAUUUAAACAUAGAUAUCUAAUGAUAAUUUGCACACCUUGUCUUAAAAUAGUUUGGGAUGCUGAGUUGUUGUUGUUUUAUUGAAAACUUUUUUUUAGGUCAGCAUUGUCCACAGACAGGAUGCUCUCCUUAAGUACUCUCCUUUGUUCUACAACAUGAACUUUGCGCGGUCAUUAGUAUUAUAAAGCAUAAUUUGGAAGUGUGUCUAUUUUUUCAUUUAAGUUCAUAGUGGAGUAUGCGAAUGUAAAUAGAAAUAAAAAUAAAGUACUAGAUGAUAUAUCAACUCAAAAAGUAUAAGUGCUAGCUUCAGCAACCGCUUUUAACAUGUAGUGAACUGUAGGUUCACCACCGUGUAAAAUAAAACAAUCUUCUCAACUGGAGAGAAUAGGAGAUCACAAUGGCUUUUACAGACAAAAUUACGACAGUUUAAACUUCAAAAAAGAGGGGAAAAGAAUUAUCUUUUUCCUUAAACUUAACUAAAAUGUAAAGUCAGUGUUUUGUGGUGAUGGGGUUAAAAUGAGUUGCAUCACGCUUUUUGUAUUUUACUAAUGGUAAUUCAGCCCUGUGAUUCCAGGUCAGCCUUCGGAGUAAGCAUAGGAGAAUAUGAAAGUGCUGACUCUACAAGAAUAAGUAUUUUAUCAAGUUUCCUAUUUACCACAAAUCACUUUGUAAUUUUUAAUGGAAUGCUGUGAACAGUGGUAAGGAACUGCAUUUCUAUUUGAAGCCAUCAGUGAGUAAGUAAGUAAUACAUUUUUCUGUACUAAAGUAAACAACAAGAUAAAAUAUACACACCUUUAGCUUACAAUAUGAUAAUGAAUAAUAAACUGUAUGGCGUUAUUGACAAAUAUAUAAUUUUUUUAUUAAUGUGUUCUUUACAGGAUUAAUAAUUAAAUAUACAAAUAAUUAAGAAAAACUGCAAAAUGUAACCCAGUUUCCUUAAACAAUUAUUUUAAUAGAAAUUCUUUUCUACCAACUCACUGUAAAAUGGAAAAUGAUGAUCAAAGUACAAUUGAAAAUGAUAACGAGGAGCUUGCCUUAGAUACCAUCAACAAUGAGAAUAGUCCCAAAAGUCAACCAGAGAAAGCAUCCAAAACAAGAGAUGUCAAUCGCUUUCCACAUACAAGAAUCCGAACCAUUAUGAAAAUGGAUCCAGACUUAACGAUUGCAAGCCAAGAGUCUGUCUUUCUUAUAACUAAAGCAGCGGAACUUUUUGUUCAAAUGCAAGCCCAGGAAGCUUAUAAGAGAACAAGACAAGCUAAAAGAAAAACAGUCCAAAAGAAAGACAUUGAUGCAGCCUUAUCAGAGUUGGACUGCAUGGCAUUUUUAGAAGGUGCAAUCGACUGAAAUUUGUAAGCUGCGUUAUAAACAACUGCACAACAAAGUUACAGCAGUCCAGGAGAAUUUUAUAACUUCCUUUAAAUAAUAUUUUCAGUUUGGGGUAUAAACUUUCUGCAGCAAAUCGCAAUGGAUUACUUACUCCAUCUGCUGAUGGCGUUAUUAUUUAUUAAACGUUUCUCAGAACCACCAUAAUAAAUUCUUUAAAUAGAAAAUACUAUAAAUUCUGAUCUGAUGACCUUUAAGCAUGGAAGUUUUACAACGUGUUAAUGUUUUAAGUUGAACAUUUUGGUCAAGUUUUGUUACCAGUUGAAUCCAUUUUACCUAAUUUUCACAAUCUAUAUCCUGUGUAUAAAAUAUCAGAUUUUUCAGAAUUCUUAUGUGCAAAAACUGAAAGAUAUGGUAUAAACUAUUUAUAGUAAUAAGAGAAAAUCAAAAUAGGAGGACAAAAUAUUUCCGAGAACGUAUUUUGGUAGGUUACGAUAUUUUUCCUGAUUUUGAAAUUACUGAUGACGUCAAACAAAAAAUGCUGAUUUAUUCCUUUUGUCUUAUACUAUAGUUGUACUAAGUUUUAUGUCAUCAGGAUAAUUCUGUCAAAAGUUAGGACAGCAGGCACUUAUCCCCUCCCAAUAUUUUUAAGGCCUCAAGAGUCGCAUACUAAAUAUAAAUAAGUAUUGUCGAUGUAUUUUUUAAAUUUAUAUUUAGAUGUUGUAUUUAUGUGUUAAUAUUUGAAGACCUUUUGAAAUUGUGUGGUUAUUUUUUGGCGCGCUUGAAGGCUGUUUCUCAACUUUAGCUUCAUCUUGUCUUUGAUUCAUUCGUUCAUAUGAGCAACAAAAUUAGUUUAAGGAUUUGUGUUUGUAUAUUUACUAAAAUAGAAAUAUUUUUCUUCUCUGUGA